AUCAGACAGGCUGAGCACACACAAACACACACACACACACACUCAGACACGCCGUCUCUGACAGCACCUCUCACUGCAGCAUCGCUUCCUGACGGAAGGCGUGUGUGUGGUGGUCAGCCGGUGUGUGUGUCAGGAUGAGCGGCAGCAGAGUCGUGCUGUGAGUGGAUUCCCUGCACACCCCUUCAUCGAGAGCUCGGCGUGCUUCAUCUUCCAGCCGCAUGUCUUCUCCACGAUCCAGCAGCAGCAAGAGGAAUUCCUCGGAGCUUGACUCGGAGCAUGCUCAGAAGGUCCCAGAGGCGGAGUCAGGACAGCAGCAGGUGAAGUUGAAAGAUAGGCAGAAGUUUUUCGAGGAGGCAUUUCAGCAGGACAUGGAGCAUUACCUGUCCACCAGCUACCUGCAGAUUGCCGAGAGGAGAGAGCCAAUAGGAAGCAUGUCUUCCAUGGAGGUGAAUGUGGACAUGCUCGAGCAGAUGGACCUGAUGGACAUGUCUGACCACGAGGCCCUGGACGUCUUCCUCAACUCGGGAGCAGAGGACAAUAGUGUGGCUUCCCCUUUACUGGAAGCGGACACGGAGUCAUUCGGAGCCGAGAUCACACUGCAGGUCCCGACACAGGCCGAGCUGAGGCACAAACUCGCCUCGCUUUCUUCCACCUGCACCGACUCGGCCAGCCAGGACACCCAGGAAGAAGAGGGCGAGGAUGAAGACGAGAGGGGCGGAGUCAGGGCCGAGAAGGAGAAGCACCGUGCUGACGUACAAGCAGGACAAGAUCAGUCGUCCAAGAACUGUGUAACUCGUGACUCGUCCACAUAGAUGCACGAGUAUACGGUUUUUAAAACCGUGCGCCCCGCCCUCGGUGUGUGUGACCGUGUCAAGUGUUGUGCGUAACCGGUAAUUUAUGAUCUCAUGAUGGUUUUGUACAGAAAUCCCCUGCUACGUGCCAUGCAGCAUCAACCCGGUCCUCCUAUUAUAAUAAUAUCUCCACCUGUUCGGUUUAUAUAAAGCAACCAUCACCUGCGCUGUGCCAGUCUGAUUUCCAUCAUCGUUCGUGAUCUUAAAGAAAAAGAAAAGUAAAGGUAAACUGCAGCUUGUGUGACCUCGUGUCAUGAAGUCCCAGGACUUACCAGAAGCACUGAAGUGCACCUUUAAAGAUCCUAUUGUGAAAAUUUUCUCCCAUUUGGUGGUGGUUUUUAAGAAUUAUACAGACUUAAAUCUGUGUGGAAUCUGUACGGAAUGUGCUAGAAAUAAAAAAAAACAGGGUUGUUUUUAUUAUUAUUAUUAUUAUUUAUUUACUUUUUAAACACGCUGUAAAAAAUCGAUGCUUCUCCAAGGGGUCUAUGAUUUAAAAAUUCAUUAAUAUAUUUAUUACGGAGCUCCUAUUAGAGAGUCAUUACUCCGUUCGAUCGUUCUUUUAAAUUGCACGGGGUUAAAUCCUAAACUCAAAAACUAGUACGGUCAACGUGGACGUGACCCGCUGUGUCAGAGGAAUGAAAUAUAGGAUACCGUUGUACAUGUGUAAUUAACAAGCCUCGCAUUUGAAUAGUCGGAUUAAAAUCCGUGCUGAAGGACGGCGAUGGAAUUUAUUUUACAAUUCGAUGGCCGCAAAAAAAAAAGAAAAGAAAAGAAAAGAAAAGAAAAGAAAAGAAAAAAACCCACGUUUGCUCUACGGAACAGAAAGAGCUUCGUUUGUAUAACAUUGAAGAGUCGUUUAAAUAACUGACUGGGAUUGGUUCGCGGUGGCCAAUCAGCAUCCGGAGCAGGACAAUGAAGGGCAUGGCAGAACUGUACUCAUCGGUCUAACCCGUAAGCGUUGGGAGGUACGCUAGGAAGAGUGUUGGGACGCAUCUAGAGCUUUUCCAGUCGUUUAGGUGUUGAGACUUUAAGGCAAACAGCUCGAGUUGUAGCUAGUAACGGUUGCCAUUUUUGGGGGGAUUUUAUCAGUCCAUUCAGGAUUUCACCAUCCGGAAUAUUCUGAGGUUCGAGCAGUUUUUCAGACUCAACGCAGAUCGUGUCGCGUGACGUCAUCACGACGUGCGUUCAGACUUCGAUGCACGUGCGAACACGAGUACAGCUGAAAGGGCUCGUUUACCGACAAACAUCGCGGCGAAAGCCCGUGAUUUCGCCGCGUCGAGUACUUUCCCCCAUUUUUUUUUUUUUCAUAAAUCAAGCAUUUUCAAAACAAUCACGCACAGAACACACACAAAAAAAAAAACCAGUCUGAAAUCCUGUACUGUUUUAUGACGUUUAUACGCGACACGGCCAAAAGUUUGUGGACGCCUGUGUAUCACAGCCGCGUGUGGGUUUUUCUCGAAAGUCGGAAGCACACGGUCGUCUAGAACGUCUGUAGCGUGACAGUUUCCCUUCACGGGAACUGAAGGUCUGAAAGCUGCUCCAGCACGACGAUGCACAAAGCGAGCUCCACGAAGACGCGGCGUGUUAAGAUUCCACUGGAAGAACUCACGUGUCCUGCACAGAGCCCUGACCUCCUGGCAAAUAGGAGUUAACUCAUGGAUGUUUAAAUAAUAAUAAUAAUAAUAAUAAAAAUUCUUACAGAUAAACAUUUAACGUAAACAGCCAUGACCCGAGGAGGAGAGAGUCUUAGUCUAGACGAAAAAGAUCCCGUCGAAAUAUUCCACAGACGAAUCGAAAAGCCUGCAGAUUUUCCAUACGUUUUUAUUAAACCUUGAGUACAAACUUGAAAAGUAAAAAAAAACAAAACAAAAAAAAACAAAAAAAAAAACAAUAUAACAAACAUGAAAUCUUCCCGUGUGAGGAAAGGCUGAGACGCUGUGAGAAUAAAUUAACUUUGCCAGACGCUUAGCAAAUCUUUCAUACAACCUUUCAGGGAAAAAAAAAAAAAAAAAAAAAAACCCAAAA